AUGUCGGACCCUCGUCGUCGUCCUCCUCCUCCUCCACCACCCCCGGAGCCCUCCCCGGACCCGGACACGACGAUGAACACCAACUUCGGCACUCCCGAGGGGGCCGGGGAUGCACGAGAGGAGAGCGUCACCAACGGGCACAAUCCUUCGAGCCUCACGCCCGAAGAACAGGGCUCGGAAGGCUUCAAAUUGAAAUUCUGCACCGUGUGCGCGUCGAAUAACAAUCGCAGCAUGGAAGCCCACAAGCGACUCACGACGACCCCCUCGGCAGGCCCCUCGGGCUAUCCCACCAUCUCCUUUGGCACUGGCUCUCUCGUCCGUCUGCCCGGUCCUUCCAUCUCUCAACCCAACGUCUACCACUUCAACUCCACCUCCUACGCCGACAUGUACAACGAGCUCGCCGGCAAGGACAGAAGAUUGUACAGCGCCAACGGCAUCCUGCCCAUGUUGGAGCGGAAUAAGAAUGUCAAGUGGGGUCCCGAGCGAUGGCAGGAUUGGAAGGUCGGUGUUCCCYGUGUUGGACCACGGAACAACCCCCCUCAGCCUGCGGGCGGGGCGACACAAAAGGAAUACCAAGACGACAUGGGAGCGAUGGGAGUGGAAGCUGGCACGGUGGAUGUAGUCAUCACGUGCGAGGAGCGCUGCUGGGAUGCCGUCGUCGAUGAUUUGUUGACUCGUGGCUCUCCGCUGAAUCGCCCGGUGCACGUCUUCAAUGUGGAUAUUAAGGAUAACCACGAGGAGGCAUUGGUCGGUGGCCGCGCCAUAUUGGAGCUGGCCGAUGCCUUGAACGCCGCUGCCAAGGAGGAGCGCGAGGCGAGCAUGAAGGAGUACAAUGGUGCGAGUGAUCACUUCGAUGCGGGCGCCGCUGGGGCGAGGGCCGGCUUUGAUGAGAGGGUUCCUGAGAUUCUGGCAGAGUGGCAGGAGAGAUGGCCGCAGUUGCCUGCUUUGUGGACUCUGGCGUGGUUUUGA